AUGGGUGCUGGAAAUUGGUGCUGCUCUUGCAACGACGACGUCCUACGGGCUUGUCGACUCGAGUCCAGUCGAGACUACGAGCGAUUCACGCCGCAUGAUUUGUCGGUAAACAACUCGAAAGCUCCCAUUUGGACAAUGUUAUGGAGGAAGAUCAAGAAAGAGAAGAAAAGAAAGUUCAAUUACUCAAAUUCAAUGAGAUUCGCUUAUGAUCCAUAUUCUUAUGCACAGAAUUUUGAUCAGGGAUUAAUGUGGGCAAAUCCCGAUGAACUUUCUCGAUCUUUUUCGGCUCGUUUUGCCGUUCCAUCAAGAAUUUUUGAGAAUCUUUGA